UUCUAUAAAAUAAUUUGUAUUUUCGAUUAAUCGUCCUCUGAAGAAGUAGUUCCGAAAUAAAUAUGAAAUAAUGGAUACGGAGCUCCAUUUUCUGUUUUCCAUUAUUAAAAGGGAAAUCCCAUAUAAUUAUGGUCAAUCUUUGUAGUGUACCAGUUUAAAAGUUAAACUGAUGUAAAGAAAAACAGUGAGACAUUUAAUCCUUCAUUGUUGUGUAUAGUUCCACUUAAUGAUGUGAGCCUGACAUCUUAAUGAGAAACAUCCAUGCAAAAUAGAACUAAAUUUUACCUCAAAAAUUCCAACUAAGGGACCAUCCUUAACAAUAACAGUCACCCUGGUUCCAAAACGGAAUCCUGUUAUGUCUGGGGACCACAGAACUGUUAUUAAAGGAGCUCCAAGUCAGUAUGUGAAAUUAAACGUUGGUGGAUCUUUGCAUUAUACAACUAUAGGAACAUUAACCAAAAAUGAUAGCAUGCUUAGAGCUAUGUUUAGUGGUCGCAUGGAAGUUUUAACUGAUUCUGAAGGUUGGAUAUUAAUUGAUCGCUGUGGUAGACAUUUUGGUACUAUUCUCAAUUUUUUACGUGACGGUUCUGUUCCCUUACCGGACUCAACUCGAGAAAUAGCAGAACUCUUAGCUGAAGCGAAAUAUUAUUUGAUUCAAGAACUUUCUGAGUGUUGUGAAUCUGCUUUAAGAAAAAGAGAAAUGGAUCUUGAACCUAUUUGCAGAGUUCCACUUAUUACUUCAUCCAAAGAAGAGUUGAUGCUCAUUAAUUCUUCAACUAAACCUGUUGUGAAAUUGCUGAUUAAUCGACAUAAUAAUAAAUAUUCUUAUACAAACACCUCUGAUGAUAAUUUAAUGAAGAAUGUAGAAUUGUUUGACAAGUUAUCUUUGAGAUUUAGUGGAAGAGUUUUAUUCAUUAAAGAUGUCAUUGGAAGUAAUGAGAUCUGUUGCUGGUCUUUUUAUGGACAUGGGAGAAAAGUUGCUGAAGUCUGCUGUACUUCAAUUGUCUAUGCUACAGACAAAAAACAUACUAAGGUUGAAUUUCCGGAGGCAAGAAUAUAUGAAGAAACCCUGAACAUACUUCUUUAUGAAAACAGAACUGGUCCAGAUAUGGAUUUAAUGCAAGCAACGAGUACACGGGGAGCGGUUUCAAUGGGAACAACAUAUACUAGUGAUGAUGAAGAUGAUAGGCGUACUCCAGGUACUUCCUCCAGAGAGAACAGGGACAAUUGUCAUCUGAAUCGGAUACGCAACACGAAGCAAACAAGCUGACAUUCAUAAUGUCUUUUUGUUUAUUGAAUUAUUUUCUUUAUAAUCUAUACCCAAUUAAGAGAAUUAUAAUUUUUCUUCCAAAUAUUAAAUUUUAUGUUUAUUUGUGUACUCUUGAUAUUUUCUUUUUUUUUAUUAUUAUUAUUUUUUAUUAUUAUUAUUCAUUUGCUAUUUGAUAAUUAUUUUGAAUUUUCAAUUAUAAGACUUCUAAUAAAUGCUGUUAAAUAAAUAAAUAAGCAAAAUAAUUUAAAUAUAACACAGAAACUUUGCACUGAAAGUGAUUUACACAACCUAGCUGAGUUGAUUAGCAUGAACUAUUUACGAAGAUGUGAAAAUAGUAUGCUGGUUUUUUGAGCAGGGAUUUGACUGCGUGAAUUGAAAAUUCAUCUGCAUUGUUUGGAUUCACAAUUUGUCCACUGUUAAUAUACUUCUAUCGAUAGUGUUUAAUUAGAAGUAAACAUUUAUUCAAGAAUUUUGGUGGUGUUUGGAUGAAGUGUUUUGAACUAGACAUGAUACCAAUAUACAUGAAACUAUAGUGUUUUCAAGUCAUUAUUUUGUUUGGAUUUAAUUCAGUCUUAAAGAAAGAAUGUUUGUUUGAAUGUGCAUGUUCAAUGCUCGUGAACUGAAAUAAUCGUGUCUGUUGAAUCAUGAAUUUCUUUUAUUGUAUGCCAAAGUACUGUAAACAUAUUAGAACAGCAUUUUCUAUUAUUGAUGCUAAAGUAUGAUUGCUAUGCAAGAAAAUGUGAGCAUAAAGUCAUACUUAAGUCUUAUACAAUAUUAUUAUUCUGCUUUAGUAAAAAUAUUAUCUGAAAAAAGUUUGUGCAUAAAAAUAGUGAAUUGUGUACUUUGUAAAAUGCUUUUACUAUUUAAUAAAUGUAAUUUGCUUUA